CUCAGAUGGUCGUUGCAGACCUUUCAGAACCUGAAAAACGGGCUGACGCUUUAUCCAAACUAGGUCUGUGUUUUGGCGUCGGUAUGAUAACUGGCUCCACGUUGGGCGGCCAUCUUAACACACGCUACGGGGAGACAUUUACUGCAAGUUUUGGUGCUGUGGGGAGUGCCUUCAGUUUACUAUUGGUUUUAAAGUUCAUCCCAAAAACUACCAAAGUUCAAGCUCCAACAACCAACACAGACAGUGAAAACAAAAGCAAGUCAGUAUUCAACCUGGGAGAGAUCACAAGACUGAUGAAGUUUCCAGGUGUGAAGCGGACUUUUCUUGUGAAGAUAGUUGCAGGUUUGCCAUCAGGCAUAUUUCAAGUGAUGUUCUCCAUCAUUGCAAUGGACUUCUUCAAGCUGCAACCUGAGCAGAAUGGCUAUCUGAUGGCUUAUUUUGGCAUAGCCUCAAUGGUUGUUCAGGGAGGAGUGAUCGGUCGGCUGACAGCGAGAUACUCUGAGAACUCGCUGCUGCUUCUGUCCAUCGGAGUUUCUUCAUUGGUGGGACUGGCUCAGGCUUACAUGCAGAAUGUGUUCCAGUUCUGCCUCAUCGUCAUCCCGAUGGUGUUUUCUCUCAGUGUGUUUAAUGUCAUCACAGACAGCAUGCUCACCAAGAGCGUACCGUCCUCCGACACAGGCACGAUGAUGGGACUGUGUGCGUCCGUCCAAUCUCUCCUUCGCACAGUCGGGCCGACUGCUGGCGGCUUCCUGUAUGUGAACUACGGCAUUUCGUCUAUAGGCUUAAUGCAGUUUGUUGUGAAUAUCGCUGUGUUUGUGCACCUGCUGCAGCGUCGCCUCAAGAAGACAGACGUGCAAAAGGAAUAAAUAAAAAAAAACGUAGUUUCUGAAAAGCUUUUUUUCAUAUUCAAUUCGUUUGAUUUUUGGAUCAAUCAAUGUUCUACAGGUGCAUAUAUUUAAAUCACUCUGCCACAGUUGACAUGAUGAGAUAAACUCAAGUCUUCCUACUUCUUCAUUAUUCAGAUUUUGUAUGAUUUGUUUAUUCUGUGGUGGAGAUUCAGGACUGAACCACUAGAUGACAGCAAACCCUCCAUUUUACCUGAUGAUGCUUUUAUUUUCCAGGGUUAAUCAUUUACAUUAGUCACACUUCAGUUGGCAGACAUUGAGAUUUUAUUAAACAUCAUCAAGAAUUACAUUAAAUAUAAGACCGAUCCUAAUUGAACAUAGUAGUAUCAGAACCAUUUUUAAUGAAAGUUUAUUUUCCUAUUUGUCCUAUUGUUUUUCAUUAAACCUUUAAACAUA